AUGAAGAAACAGUUGAAAUAUUUACUCUACAUUAAUUUAUCGAUCAUUGCUAUUACUGUCUAUACUUUGUUCGAUCUGAUAUGUAUGGCUGUUGAUGGAUCUACGGCAGAUGCCUUCACAUCCUCAGAAUUGGGUCUUCCUUCACAAUACAAUGCCGAGACUCCAGUAGUGAAUCAAAAGAUCCCAAAAAUUAUUCAUCAAACUUACAAGACAGAAAAUAUUCCAAAGCAUUGGGUUGCUGGCCAACAACGUUGCAAGGAUCUACAUCCAGAUUAUAAAUACAUUCUUUGGACCGAUGAGAUGUCUCUACAAUUCAUUAAAGAGGAAUAUCCAUGGUUCUUGGAAACUUUCAAAAGUUACAAAUAUCCUAUUGAAAGAGCAGAUGCUAUUAGGUAUUUUGUUUUGUAUCAUUACGGUGGUGUUUACAUCGAUCUAGAUGAUGGUUGUGAAAGAAGAUUAGAUCCGAUGAUGUCUUCCAACGCUUUCUUGAGAAGAACAAACCCAUCUGGUGUCUCUAAUGACGUCAUGGGUUCGAUUCCGGGCCAUCCCUUCUUUAAGAAAGUAAUGCAUUCUUUAAAAUCGUACAAUAGAAAUUAUUUCUUUGUACCAUAUUUGACUAUUAUGUGUUCUACAGGUCCACUUUUUGUUAGUAUGAUUUGGGUUCAAUUUAAAAGAUGGGGGGUUCCACUUAAUGGUGAUAUCAAGAUCUUACAACCAAAUGAUUAUAAAGGUCAUGAAAAUUCAUUCUUUGCUAUUUCCAAAGGUUCUUCUUGGCAUUUGGAUGAUGCUACCUUCUUUAAAUCGUUGGCAUCUCAUAUCUUAUCCUGUGUUGUUUUCGGGUUUGUUGUCGUAUAUGCAGUCUUAUAUUUCCAAUACGUUGUUUAUUGUUGGUUUGACAAUGAUGAAACCGAAUCAAAUAAUAAUGAUACAACCAUUAUCAUUCAUGAUCAACUCCCAUUACCAGCAGGACAUACUUCUAGAAAUAAAAAAUCUUGGUGGAUUACAUACAUUGUUAAUCCAGUAAGAAAAGGUUUAAGAUUGACAAGUUUGUCUCAUUCGUCAAUCAAGACAAAUCAUGAAUUAGAGGAGAUAAAUUAUGAUUAUGAUUUGAAAAAGUCACCAGAAUAUGUACAAUAUAAACAAUUUGCUGCAUCUACUUCCAACAUUGGCUUUGAUUCAAAUGAAGAUCUUGAUCCUUCCGAAUAUUUGAAUCUAAUGCUUGAUAUAGAGAAAAAUUCUACAAAUGAUCAGUCCAGACAAUCUCCAAAUCUGGAAUAA